AUGAAUGCUGGCCAUUUUGUAUCUGUAAUGAACAUUGAGGACCAGAAAACCGAAGAAUUCAACAACUCCAUGCGCUUGGACUAUGGAAGUCUUGGGGUAGUUGUGGAAAUGAACUGUGAAAAUGCUAACACUCUUCUUACAUGGGCGUCAAGAAACAAAUUGUUUACCACCAACUAUCACUGGCUGGUUGUUGAUGAGUCAAACAAAACUAUAGAAGAAAUUUUACUCAAUCAUGGUGUGGAAUUGAACCUGGAGAGUGAAGUGAUGUGGAUUAACCAAUCAGAGCCUCUCAGAGUCUACGAGGUGUACCAAACUGGGACUCUGCCCCACGGACAGCUGGUGGUCAGUGAGAUGCCAAAUGGUACAUGGACCUCAAGAAAAUGGAAGCUGGAUUCUCGAGUGGACUUAAGAGGUCUUGUGCUCAAUGUAACUGAAGUGGUGAAGCCCAACUCGGUGGCAGGUCUCGGCACGGCUCAAGCGUCAGACGCCUCCGAGUUGCAAGACUACGAUGACAUCUUCAGUUACCUGACGGACGAUCGCUUCCCCCACCUUGACAGUAUGUCCAAGUUCAGCUGGGCUGUCUUCGAGAUACAGCAGAAUCUUUUCAACUUCAGCGCACGCUUGGUCCCCACUGCAUCCUGGGGUUAUGUUUUCAACGGCCAGUUUGACGGAAUGGUCAGGCUGCUGAUGAACGGCUCAGCGGACGUUGGAGCAACCACACUGGCCAUCCGACCUCCGCGUCUGGCCGUUGUAGACUACACAAUGCAGAUCUGGCCUUACCAACCACUGUUCAUCUUGCGCCACCCGAGGCAAGGCACUCUCCGAGACACAUUCCUCAAACCUCUAUCUCCGGGUGUUUGGCUGUGUUCUUGCCUUGUUGUCCUAUUGAUUUUCUGCUUGAUGAGGUUCAUUGAUUGGAUGAUGCGUGUGAAUCAAUCGUCAGGUGAUAGACUGUCGUGGAGUGGAAGUCUCAUUAUUCUUAUUGGUGCAGUUUCUCAACAAGGUUCUGCUCUAGUGCCUCGCCAAGUAUCCUCUCGAUUGUUGUUCUUCUUCCUCUUCGCUUGGUCAACCAUCCUGUACCAGUUUUACACCAGUAGCAUCGUGUCGUCGCUGCUGUCUCCACCGAGACGCUAUAUAAACACUCUGCAAGAUCUGGCCCACAGUCCGUUCAUCAUCGGCUUUGAGAAAGUGCUUACGUCUAAAGAUACGUUGACUCGCUACAGUGCCAUACUGCCAGUAGUUAGAGAGAUUUACGAGAAGCAAGUGAUUCCACGCGGCGACGCAGCCUACUACACACCUGCCCAAGGCAUCAGGUGUAUGCAAGAAGGUAACUUCGCCUUCUACGUUGACCCGGCCUCUGCAUACAGGUUAAUAGAGGAGAUGCUAUCAGAAUCUGAGAUUUGUGAUCUCGUAGAAAUUGCAUUGAAUCCUAAGGAAGUUCUGGCUUUACCCUUGCAAAAAGGAUCACCUUACAGAAAACUGCUUAUCUAUGGACAACGUAAAAUGAUGGAGGCAGGAAUAAUCAAGAGGGAGGUGAGACGAUGGCAGAGUAGACGUCCGAUUUGCACCACAACUGAUCAUCACAGCAAGAGUAUACCAGAGACAGCACAGGUUGGUAUGGCCGAGAUUUCUCCAGCUUUACUCUUGCUGUUGCUGGGAUUGAUGGUAAGCCUGAUACUUCUAUUCUAUGAGAGAUCCUACUUCAGAUACUGCAUAAAGGCAAAUCUGUCCAAGCAACCACUUCAACUAGAGUAG